UAUGUGGAUAUCACAUCGAAGCUUAUCCCUCUAUCUCCCUGUCUCUCUCCCGCCCUCCCUCACUCACUCUCUCUCUCUCUAAAAAAUAACACCAAUUCGAAAUAUAGAGAGAACCACAGAGAGAGAGAGAGAGAGAUAAGCGGCCAUGAAAGGCUUGAAGAUGGAACUCUCCCUGCGCUGCAUACAUGGAGCGAAACCUCUGCUCCCAUUUCUUACUUCAAGACCUUUUUCAAGAUUUCAGCCAAGAUGCCAACUUGCCCUCUCCAUUGGUUGCAGGGAUCAUUUUCCCUCUAAACAUUCCAAAAUGAAGGGAGCGCGGAAAGUAAACUUCACCACAAGAAUUACGUCAGCCUCAAUACAACCUAUGACUGAGGAAUUGGUUGAGGAUAAAUCCAAGGAUGUCCCCACAAGUGGGGAUUCCAUUCGCCGGCGAUUUCUUGAUUUUUAUGCUUCACGAGGUCACAAGGUCCUUCCAAGUGCUUCUCUUGUACCAGAUGAUCCAACAGUUCUGCUGACAAUUGCUGGAAUGCUUCAGUUCAAGCCCAUAUUCUUGGGAAAGGUAUUUACACAGGUACCCUGUGCCACAACUUCCCAAAGAUGCAUACGCACAAAUGAUGUUGAGAAUGUAGGUCGAACAUCUAGACAUCAUACAUUCUUUGAGAUGCUUGGAAACUUCAGUUUUGGAGAUUACUUCAAGAAGGAAGCAAUUAAAUGGGCAUGGGAGCUUACUACCUUGGAGUUUGGAUUGCCAGCUGAAAGAGUAUGGGUAAGUGUUUAUGAAGAUGAUGAUGAAGCAUUUGAAAUGUGGCAUGACGAGGUUGGUGUUCCUGCGGAGCGUAUAAAGAGGAUGGGUGAAGAAGACAACUUUUGGACUAGUGGAGUGACUGGUCCCUGCGGUCCAUGCUCCGAGCUUUAUUACGAUUUCCAUCCUGAGAGAGGACACUCAGAUGUUGACUUAGGAGAUGAUACUAGGUUCGUAGAGUUCUACAACCUGGUUUUCAUGCAAUACAAUAGAACGGAUGAUGGUUCACUUGAACCAUUAAAACAAAAGAAUAUUGAUACUGGUUUAGGUUUGGAGCGUAUGGCUCGCAUCCUUCAGAAGGUUCCCAACAAUUAUGAGACUGACUUGAUCUUUCCCAUUAUAGAGAAAGCCUCAAAAUUGGCAAAUGUCUCAUAUGCUCUUGCGGAUGAUUCUACAAAAACAAACCUUAAAAUAAUUGGUGAUCACCUGCGUGCAAUCGUUUAUCUCCUGUCAGACGGCGUUGUCCCAUCAAAUAUUGGGAGAGGUUAUGUAGUUCGGCGACUCAUCAGAAGGGCUGUUCGUACUGGCAGGUUAGUUGGUAUAAAGGGGGAUAUUGAAGAAGCAUUUUUGCCUACAAUUGCAGAAAAAGUAAUUGACAUGAGCACCCACAUAAAUUCAGACGUAAAAACAAGAGCAUCCCGCAUUUUGAAGGAGUUGAAGAGGGAAGAACUACGUUUUGUACAAACAUUGGAGAGAGGGGAAAAGCUGCUUGAUCAAAUGUUAGCAGACGCAUUGUCAAGUGCUCAGGAAAAUAGCACUGCACCUUGCUUGUCAGGCAAGGAUGCAUUUCUCUUGUAUGACACGUACGGUUUUCCCGUGGAGAUAACUAGGGAAGUGGCUGAUGAAUGCGGUGUCAGUAUAGAUAUGAACAGUUUUGAUAUUGAAAUGGAGAACCAAAGACGUCAGUCUCAGGCUGCACAUAAUGCUGUCAAACUUGAAGUUGAAGAUGGCGGAGAUCUAGCUGAAAAUAUUCGUGACACAGAAUUUCUAGGUUAUGACACACUUUCCACCAGAGCAGUAGUUGAGGCUCUCUUCGUGAAUGGGAAACCGGUACUACAGGUUUCCGAAGGCAGCGAAGUGGAAGUUUUUCUCAAUAGGACACCAUUUUAUGCUGAAUCAGGUGGUCAAAUUGGAGACAAUGGUUUUCUAUUUAUUCCCGAAGCUGGAAACCAACAGACUGCUGUUAUAGAGAUAAAAGACGUCAAAAAAUCGGUGGGUAAUAUAUUUGUUCAUAAGGGUACUAUCAAGGAGGGAAGUAUAGAGGUUGGCGGUGAAGUGGAAGCUGCGGUAGAUGCAAAGCUGAGGCAACGAGCUAAGGUUCAUCACACUGCUACUCAUUUGCUACAAGCUGCACUUAAAAAAGUAAUAGGCCAGGAAACAUCACAAGCUGGUUCAUUGGUGGCUUUUGAUCGUCUUAGAUUUGAUUUCAACUUCCACCGGCCACUUUUGGACAAUGAGCUCAUGGAGAUUGAAGGACUGAUCAAUAGCUGGAUUGAGGACUCAACACUUCUGCAAACUAAAGUGAUGCCUCUAACUGAUGCUAAAAAAGCUGGGGCUAUUGCAAUGUUUGGAGAAAAAUAUGGAGAACAGGUACGUGUUGUAGAGGUUCCAGGUGUAUCCAUGGAACUAUGUGGUGGCACUCAUGUCAGCAGUACUUCUGAAAUACGUGGCUUCAAAAUAAUCUCAGAACAGGGCAUUGCGUCUGGAAUCAGACGUAUAGAAGCCGUUGCUGGUGAAGCUUUUAUCGAAUACAUCAAUGCUAGAGAUAACUACAUGAAACAGCUCUGCUCCACUCUCAAAGUGAAAGCUGAAGAUGUACCAGCCAGGGUAGAAACACUAUUGGAGGAAUUGCGAAUGGCAAGAAAUGAAAUUUCUGCUAUUCGUGCUAAAGCAGCAGUUCACAGAGCCUCAAUCAUCGCAAACAAUGUAUUGCUUGUGGGAAAUUCUAAAAAUAUCAGGGUGCUGGUUGAGUGCAUGGAUGAUACAGAUGCUGAUUCACUGAAGAGUGCAGCUGACUACCUAGUGGAUACAUUAGAAGAUCCGGCAGCUGUGAUUUUGGGCUCAUGUCCUGGUGAAGGCAAGGUAAGCUUAAUCGCUGCAUUCUCACCGGGGGUGGUUGGCAUGGGAGUUCGAGCAGGGAAAUUUAUUGGGCCUAUAGCGAAGUUAUGCGGUGGAGGAGGGGGUGGCAGGCCUAAUUUUGCUCAGGCAGGUGGUAGAAAACCUGAGAAUUUGUCAAGUGCCCUCGAAAAAGCUCGAUCUGAGCUUGUUUCUAUUUUAUCAGAAAAAGCUAGCUGAAAUUCAUUAGGCUGUCCCAAAAGCUAUGAGAAUCUGUGAAGCUUUUAUAGAUUCCAGUUAUGCAACUGCUUAGGCAAUUAUUACAUCCCAACAUAGCAAUAGCAUAGAACCCUUUUCUCUUUCUAUUUUUAUUUUUAUUUUUUUAUUUCUGUUUCUUUUGGUUGGGGGAAAGAGGGUAAGUAGAAAAUUUGCAAAGUUCAUCAUAUAGCAUUGGUAUUAUUUGGUCAAACAAUGUAAUUUUGCUAUGUUCAUUUCUUUGUGUGAGCCAAUUGUACAUAAUAAUCAAAAGUUUUCGGCUUUAGUACUUCAAAAAUGACUGUUAGCCUGAUUGGAAGAGGAAAAAUAUUUGCUAGUUUGGAAACAGUA